GUCGUGUGUAGACGGAUGAUAGAUGACAUUUUCCAGGCAGCUCUUGAAGUUCGCUGAGGUGAGCCUCUGUUGCUUCAGGUUUGCUUUCAUGGUUGGGUCCAUGUCUGAUAGCAGCAGGGCCACGCAGGAGUCCACUGCCCACAGCGGCCAGGGGCAGGGGCUGUUCCUACCCUUUGCAGGCUCCCUGGAGGAGACCAGGGAGCCCUGGGCAGCAACUCCGGGUGUUAGGGGCUUGGCAGUGUGGGGCUGAACCUUGUACAGUGCGGCUGCUUCGCGCUGGUGGGAGACCAGAGGGCAGGGAAAGCCAAGGAGUUCGGCCCAUCCUCAGAGGCCAGACUCCUGAGUUCUUCCUGAAUUGCCAGCUUUCAGCCUCCUCAUGCCUCCGUCCCCUUUAGAUGACAGGGUAGUAGUGGCACUGUCCAGGCCUGUCCGACCUCAGGAUCUCAGCCUCUGCUUAGACUCUAGCCACCUUGGCUCUGCCACCCCCAGCAGGAGCAGCCACCGGUCUGUCAUCGCCACCACCAUCGUGUCCCUCCAGGCUGCGAAUCUGACGUAUAUGCCCUCAUCCAGCGGCUCUGCCCGCUCCCUGAAUUGUGGAUGCAGCAGUGCCAGUUGCUGCACUGUGGCAGCCUACGACAAGGACAGUCAGGCCCAGACCCAAGCCGUUGCUGCAGGCAGUGCCACCACUGCUGUUGGAACCUCUACCACCUGCCCUGCCAACCAGAUGGUCAACAACAAUGAGAACACAGGCUCUCUAAGUCUAUCAGGUGGGGUGGGCAGCCCUGUAGCAGGGACCCCCAAACAGCUAGCCAGCAUCAAAAUCAUCUACCCCAAUGACCUGGCCAGGAAGAUGACCAAGGGCAGCAGGAGCCCCCUGCCCAGCCAGGGCCCUGUCAUCAUCGACUGCAGGCCCUUCAUGGAGUACAACAAGAGCCAUAUCCAAGGAGCGGUGCACAUCAACUGUGCGGACAAGAUCAGCCGGCGGAGGCUGCAGCAAGGCAAGAUCACCGUCCUGGACCUCAUUUCCUGCAGGGAAGGCAAGGACUCUUUUAAGAGGAUCUUUUCCAAAGAAAUCAUAGUUUACGAUGAGAACACCAACGAGCCCAGCCGGGUGAUGCCCUCACAGCCUCUCCACAUAGUCCUUGAGUCCCUCAAGAGAGAAGGCAAAGAGCCCUUGGUGUUGAAAGGAGGGCUUAGCAGCUUUAAGCAGAACCACGAGAACUUGUGUGACAACUCGCUGCAGCUGCAGGAAUGUCGCGAGGUGGGUGCAGCUGUGGCCCCCGGCCUGCUACCUCAGCCUGUGCCCAGCACGCCGGACAUCGAAAGCGCCGAGCUCACGCCCAUCUUGCCCUUCCUCUUCCUGGGGAAUGAGCAAGAUGCGCAGGACCUGGACACCAUGCAGCGGCUCAACAUUGGCUACGUGAUCAAUGUCACCACGCACCUGCCCCUCUACCACUAUGAGAAGGGCCUCCUCAACUACAAGCGCCUGCCGGCCACUGACAGCAACAAGCAGAACCUGCGGCAGUACUUCGAGGAGGCCUUUGAGUUCAUCGAGGAGGCGCACCAGUGCGGCAAGGGGCUGCUCAUCCACUGCCAGGCCGGCGUGUCCCGCUCCGCCACCAUCGUCAUCGCGUACCUGAUGAAGCACACCUGGAUGACCAUGACGGACGCCUACAAGUUCGUCAAGGGCAAGCGACCCAUCAUUUCCCCCAACCUCAACUUCAUGGGGCAGCUGCUGGAGUUCGAGGAGGACCUGAACAACGGCGUGACCCCGCGGAUCCUGACGCCCAAGCUGGUGGGCGUGGAGACCGUGGUGUGACCCGCCGCCGCCGAGGGCGGCUUCCGCGUGCGUCCGCUUGCUUUCUUUUUUCCUCUUUUUUAGUUGGAGGCAUAGUUUGUGAAUGGAAUGGAAGCGAAUCUGUUUAAAGACUUUUCAUUUUUAACAAGUGUGAGGAGACUAGCCAUGAGGCCCCGCAACCCACCU